ACCGGUUGUGUCGCUGCGCUGGCUUUAGUUUCAGGAUUGUUGCGUCCUUUCUUCUAGCUCAAAGCUGCUCUCUGGCUGCCAGGCGUUCAGUUUUCUCUUCCUUCUGGUAACAUGACGGCGGCGCCUCCCCACCGCAGAAGGAAGAUCUACACUUUCUGGUGGUGCUUCCUGGGCAUCUGCGCAGAGGCCCUUUUGUUCCUGCUGUCAGCUUUAUCUGAUGCUUGUGAACUCCCACCACCAUUUGAAGCUAUGGAACUCAAGGGUACACCGAAGCCUUAUUAUGAGGUUGGAGAGAAAAUAGAAUACACAUGUAAAAAGGGUUACCUGUAUCAGUUCCCGUUCCUCAUGGUGGCUACCUGUGAGCCAAAUCACACAUGGGUCCCUAUUUCAGACGACGGCUGUGUUAAAGUGAAAUGUAGCACACUUGCGAACCCCUCAUUUGGGAAUGUACACUACAUAGACGGCAGGGUUUCGUGGGGUGCUCGAGCUCACUUCAUGUGUGUGGACGGUUAUUACUUAGUUGGUACGUCAGUUCUACACUGUGUGCUUAAAAAUGAAUCUCAUGCAUAUUGGAAUGGUCCUCCCCCGCGUUGUGAAAAGAUCUAUUGUUUACCACCUCCAAAAAUAGAACACGGAACCCACACCUUUACUGACAUAGAUGUAUUCAAAUACCAGGAGGCAGUGAUUUACAGCUGUGACCCGAGCCCAGGGCCAGACAAGUUCUCCCUGGUCGGGAUGCCCAUGCUUUUCUGUUCUGGCCAGAACACCUGGAGCAGCAAGCCCCCAGAAUGCAAAGUGGUAAAAUGUCCAUUUCCAGUGCUACAAAAUGGAAGACAGAAAGCAGGAUUUGCAGAAAACUUUUCCUACCAAGCAACAGUGACGUUUGAGUGUGUGGAGGGGUUUUACAUGCUGGGCAGCAGCACAGUGGUCUGCAGUGCUAAUAGCACUUGGGAGCCCUCCAUCCCACUAUGUCUUAAAGUGUUAUCCUGUGCUGGUGUUAUCUUGUGCUGGUGUCAUCCUGUGUUGGUGUCAUCCUGUGUCGGUGUCAUCCUGUGCCGGUGUCAUCCUGUGCCGGUGUCAUCCUGUGCCGGUGUCAUCCUGUGCCGGUGUUAUCCUGUGUUGGUGUUAUCCUGUGCCGGUGUUAUCCUGUGCCGGUGUUAUCCUGUGCUGGUGUUAUGUUACCUUACAGGAUUUGUAUCUGUGAAAUGCAAAGCUGUGAUGAACGUUCUUGCGCACAUGCCUGUGCGAUUAUAUGUGUAG